GGGACGGACAGCCGCACCCGCGUGCGAUGCUUUUGCGAUGCUCACACACGAUAAUUGCCUCUAAACUAAUUAACGAAGCGCUAUCGCUUCCCAUGCGCUGGGCUGUCACACUGCUGCGUGCCACGGGGCCCACCGUGUCCCCUUUACUCUGACACGGCCACGUCCGGCAGUGAAAGGGUGCGGGCGUCGUGGGUGAAGGAAAUGGGAGAGACCUGGCCGGACUCCCGGCGUCCUCCUCCUCCUCCUCCUUCCCGGCCCCACCUCCCCGGCACCGCUUAACUGCGGCCGCGGGGCCACCGCAGCCCAUCCGUCCCCGUCCCGCCAUGCUGAGGCUGCUGCUGCUCUGCGGGGCUCUGGGCUGCGGGGCCGGGAGCGACGCCCCACUCGCCUUCACCAUGCUGCAGUGGACGCAGGUGUCCAAGGGCAGCUCCCUCUUUUGGGGCAACGCCACGCUGGACGGGCGGCUCAGCCACAUCCUGGAGGAUCACAACGUCACUCAGGUGCUGCCCCUGGAGCCGCCUGCAGCCUGGGCACAGCAGCGGGACAUGGUGACCAACUACCUGAGCUACUUCAGCGGCAUAGUGCAGGUCUUCAGCAAGGAGAGGCCCCUCAACUACACCCAGAUCCUGCACUGCCGCCUGGGCUGCUGCCUCUUCCCCAAUGGCACGGCCCACAGCUUCUAUGAGGUGUCCCUCAAUGGAACAGCCUUCCUCACCUUCCACGUCCCCACCGCCACCUGGGAGCUCCGCUGGCCACGCAGGGACCCGGUGGCCACUUUUGCCUGGCAGGAGCUGAUGAAAUACUCUGAGACCACGCAUAACCUACAGCACUUCCUCAACACCACCUGCGUGGACAUCCUGCGGGCUCAGAGCCCUCACACAGGGAAGCAGAGAGGCCGCUCGCACGCCCCGCUGGUGCUGGGUCUGAUCCUGGGGGUCUCCGCGGUGGUGGGUAUGGCUGUGGGCAUCUUCUUGUGCACAGGAGGGAGCUGCUAGCAAAGCCGUGGCUGUCCUGGGUCACUCUGCGGGCACAGGGGACCAACCCUGCAUCACCCCAUGGGGAUCCCAGCUGGGACGGUUCCCCUGCCCCAGGGAUGGGGCUCACAGCGCACCGAGGCGCCGAACCGCGCUUGGCCUGCAUGCACGAAAUGCAGAGAGGGGUGAAAGUCAGAAGAAAGCCAAAAAGGGUGAAGAAGGUUGGUAUUCAGACCGUGAUUCAUCACCGCUCUGGGGUGAAAGGGGAUGGAUGCCGGGAGGACAGAUGUCACAUCUGGGAAAGGACCCGUCGGUGGCCGUCCAUCUCCGUGUUGAACAGCCCUGCUUCAGGGCCUGGUGCAAUAAAGCCCUUCUGCCCCCAGA